GUCUAUACUCGCUCCAUUCGGAGCUCAAAGGCUUCCAGAGGCGAGGGCUUGGUCUCGGCCUCUCAGCCUGGCCACGCCCCCCUUUCCCGUCGCACUUGGUUCAGUCCGCCAUUCGGGACAACGAGGACUCGAAGCCUCAAGAUGAAAACCAACAAGGUCUACAAGCUGGUCAUCCAUAAGAAAGGCUUUGGGAGCAGCGAUGAUGAGCUGAUGGUCAACCCCAAAGUCUUCCCUCAUAUUAAACUGGGAGAUAUUGUGGAAAUUGCUCAUCCCAAUGAUGAAUACAGCCCUCUCCUCCUUCAAGUCAAAUCACUCAAGGAAGAUUUACAGAAAGAAACCAUCAGCGUGGACCAGACAGUCGCUCAGGUUUUCCGCCUGCGGCCCUACCAAGACGUCCAUGUCAAUGUCAUUGAUCCAAAAGACGUGACCCUCGAUUUGGUGGAACUGACCUUCAAGGAUCAAUACAUCGGUCGCGGGGAUAUGUGGCGGCUGAAGAAGAGCUUGGUCGGCACCUGUGCGUACGUCACUCAGAAAGUGGAAUUGGCCGGAAUCCGGGCUCAAGCCGGAGAGCUUUGGGUGAAAAAUGAAAAAGUGACUUGCGGUUAUAUCAGUGAAGACACCCGGGUGGUUUUCCGCUCGACCUCCGCCAUGGUUUACAUCUUCAUCCAGAUGAGUUGCGAAAUGUGGGAUUUCGACAUAUAUGGUGACCUCUAUUUUGAGAAGGCCGUCAACGGUUUCCUGGCUGACCUUUUCACCAAAUGGAAGGAGAAGAACUGCAGCCACGAAGUGACCGUCGUCCUUUUUUCUAGAACCUUCUACGAAGCCAGGUCCAUAAGCGACUUUCCGGAGUCCCACCGCCCGGCCAUUCAGCAAGACCACCAAGGCCGGUCCUAUGAGGAUUUCUACAAGGUGGUGGUCCAGAACGAGCGGCGGGAGGAGUGGACCUCGUUGCUGGUGACCAUCAAGAAGCUCUUCAUCCAGUACCCCGUCCUGGUCCGACUGGAACAAGCCGAGGGCUUCCCCCCGGGACGGAAUUCGACCGCGGCCCAAGGGAACUACUUGGAGGCCAUCAACCUCUCCUUCAAUGUCUUUGACAAGCAUUAUAUCAACCGGAAUUUUGACCGGACGGGCCAGAUGUCGGUGGUCAUCACACCCGGCGUGGGCGUCUUCGAGGUGGACCGCCUCCUCAUGAUCCUCACCAAGCAGCGCAUGAUCGAUAACGGGAUCGGUGUUGAUUUGGUCUGCAUGGGGGAGCAGCCCCUCCACGCCGUUCCUCUCUUUAAGCUACACAAUCGUUCCAGUCCCGGGGAUUCCCGUUUGGGAGAUGACUACAACAUACCGCAUUGGAUAAACCACAGUUUCUAUACUUCUACAAGCCAGUUCCAAUGCAACAGCUUCACUCCGCGCAUCAAGCUGGCGGGCAGAAAGACACCGAGCGAGAGGGCAAAGAACAGCAAGGAUUCGUCGCUGGGAGCCCCGAAGGAGACGGAGAACGCCCUUCCGAUCCAGGUGGACUACGACGCCUACGACAGCCAGGUUUUCAGGCUCCCCGGACCCUCCCGGGCCCAGCGCAGCACCCCCUUCCGGUCGGUCCGGGAGCGGGAGAGCCGCCCACGGAAGAGCUCGAGCUCCUUCGACGUCUCGUCCAGCCCUUCUCGCGUGGGCGGGCGGGCGCUCCCUCUCCCCCCGGAGGAGGCGCGGAGCCAGGCCUCGGACGACAGCUCCCUCGGCCGCAUCUCCAACAUCCUCAUGAUCCCGCGCCCACACCUGCACACCACCUACGAAGUCAGCAGCUCCUUGGGGUACACCGGCCACCGGGACGCCCUGGAGAGCAUGUUGGAAUCGCAACAGCGCGACUCCAGCGCCCCCGGGAGGUUCCACGUGGGCAGCGCCGAGUCCAUGCUGCACCUGCGUUCGGCCGGAGGGUACGCCCCGCAGCGGGCCCUCAUCAACCCCUUUGCCCCCUCGCGGAUGCCCAUGAAGCUCACCUCCAACCGGCGGCGUUGGGUCCACACGUUCCCUGUGGGACCGUCGGGAGAAGCCAUCCAGAUCCACCACCAGAGCCGCCAGAACAUGGCGGAGAUGCAAGGGAGCGGGCAACGGGAUUGGACGCACUCUUCUGCCGAACUCCUGGAGCUGGCCUACCACGAAGCCACGGGGAGGCACGGGGCUUUCCGCCCUCCGGACGACACCGCUUCCUUCUCGAGUUUCGGCAGGACGGAAGAUUAUCCUCACCAGUUAACAGGGAGCCACGGAACCAAUGUCCGAAGCCAAGCCAAAGACUCUGCCGACGGAUCGGUCUCCAGUGCUACAGAUCCAAUCCUGCUGACCCUGUCUGCUCCCCCCAUAGUGCCAGGCUUCUGUUGCACCGUCGGGGUGGACUGGAAGUCCCUCACUACCCCGGCCUGCCUCCCCCUCACCACGGAUUACUUCCCCGACCGCCAGAGCCUCCAGAACGACUACACCGAGGGGUGCUACGACCUCCUCCCGGAAGCCGAUAUGGACAGGCGAGACGAGGAAGGGGUCCAGAUGACGGCCCAGCAGGUCUUUGAGGAGUUCAUCUGCCAGCGGCUGAUGCAGGGCUACCAGCUCAUCGUCCAAGGCAGGCCGCAGAAAGCGCCCGCCGCCAUCCAGCCCCCGCUGAGCAGUAGCCCCCUCUACGGCCGAGGCCUGGUGUCGCGGAACCGGCUGGAGGAAGAGGACCAGCACUGGCUGAGCAUGGGGAGGACUUUCCACAAGGUGACCCUCAAGGAUAAGAUCAUCACCGUCACCAGAUACCUGCCCAAGUACCCGUAUGAGUCUGCGCAGAUCAACUACACCUACAGCCUCUGCCCGUCCCAUUCGGACUCGGAGUUCUUCCUCUGUUGGGUGGAGUUCUCGCACGAGAGGCUGGAGGAGUACAAGUGGAACUACCUCGACCAGUACAUCUGCUCGGCGGGUUCGGAGGACUUCAGCCUGAUUGAGUCGCUGAAGUUCUGGCGCACGCGCUUCCUGCUGCUGCCGGCCUGCGUGGGGGCCACCAAGCGCAUCCUGGAGGGGGAAUCCCGCUGCGACAUCUAUGGGGAGAAGCCCCGCUCGGAGGAGGAGGAGUGGCAGCUGCGGGACGGCUUCCUCCGCUUCGUGGAGGGGCUCAACCGCAUCCGCAGGCGCCACCGCUCUGACCGCAUGCUCCGGAAGGGCUCGGCCAUGAAGGGCCUCCAGGCCUCGGCGCCCCCCGCCCCGGCCCCUCACCCGCCGGAACCACCCCCCAACCUGGUCAAGAAGGGCACCUCCGCCCUCUCGGCGCUCCUGGAGAUGGAGGCCACACACAAUAUGUUGAAUGAGCAACAAUUGGCCCCCAUUUCCACCAAAAGCUCCAGCGCCCAGCCCGCAGACGACAGCGCGGCCAUGAAUCCAAAUUACGUGGACAGCCCACGCAAAGUAUCGAUUGACCAAUCAGUGGUCAGUUUGGAGUCCGAACGAAGCGGCGGUCAGUCGCUGACGGGGUCCCAAAGCGUUGACCAGAUGCCUGGAUGGACAGAAAACGGCGCCCAGACCUCGACCGCCGGCCCCUUGACCUCGUCGUCCAGCUUGACGGAGAUCCUGGAGGCCAUGAAGCACCCGACGUCGGGCGUCCCGCUCCUCACCGAGCAGAAGGGCCUCUCCCCGUCCUGCUUCAUCAGCGCGGAGGCCGUCCAUUGGCUGGUCAGCACGGUGGAAGGGGUCCAGACCCAGGCCAUGGCCAUGGACAUCAUGCAGAAAAUGCUGGACGAGCAGCUGAUCGUGCACGCCUCGGGGGAGACCCUCCGCACCUUCGUCUACGGCUUCUACUUCUACAAGGCCCCGGAGGACAAGGAGCAGGAGCAUCGCGCGGGGCUGCCUCCGCCCCCCUCGCUGUGGCCCUCGGCCGCCCGGGACGACGCCUCGGCCUUCCAGCGCAAGUGGUUCGAGGUGGCCGUGGUGGCCGACGAGCAGCCCUGCCUGCGCUCCGAGGUCCCGGCCUUCCUCCUGCCCUGGCUGCCCAGCCGCCCCGCCUCCUACGCCAGCCGCCACAGCUCCUUCAGCCGCAGCUUCGGCGGGCGCAGCCAGGCCGCCGCCAUCCUCGCGGCCACGGUCCCGGAGCAGCGGACGGUGACCCUGGAGGUGGACGUGAACCACCGGACACAGCGCCUGGAGUGGUGCAGCUGCUAUUACCACGGCAACUUCUCCCUCGGCACCGCCUUCGAGGUCAAGCUCCACUGGAUGGCCGUCACGGCCGCCGUCCUCUUCGAGAUGGUCCAGGGCUGGCACCGCAAGGCCACUUCCUGCGGCUUCCUGCUGGUCCCGGUCCUCGAGGGGCCCUUUGCGCUGCCCAGCUUCCUGUACGGAGACCCCCUCCGGGCCCAGCUCUUCAUCCCGCUCCACGUCCACUGCCUCCACAAGGAAGGCUCCCAGGAGAACCUCUUUGACGGAUUUGAGCCAGAGACCUACUGGGACCGGAUGCAGCUUCUGCAGGAAGUGAUUGCCCACCGGUUUGGCUUCAUCCGGGACAAAUACUCGGCCUCCGCCUUCAACUUCCCCUCCGACAACAAGCCCCAGUACAUCCACGUCACAGGGACGGUCUUCCUGCAGCUGCCGUACUCCAAGCGCCGCUCUUCGGGGUCGCAGCCGCUUCCUCCUCCCGCCCCGGCGGCCAUGGCGGCCCCUUCCUCGUCCCAGCGGCGGAGGCGGGACUCGGCCCCCUCUCCUUCGCCCUCGGCGCCCAACGGGGAGGGGCAGGGGGUGGGCUUCCACUGGGCCCACAACUCCAUGCUGACCAAGACCUGGCGCUCCUCGGCCACGGGCGACGAGCGCUUCCCCGACCGGCUCCUCCGGGACUUCACCCACUUCUGCGCCAACGGGGACGGGCGCCUGGCCGCCUUCUGGGCCGCCUGCCUCGCACGCACACACGCCGCUGCUCCCUGAGGCCUCCCCCUUCGCUUCCUGGCCAAUCCCGAGGCAAGUCCCUCAGGUUUUGCCUCAGGGUGACACGGAAUAAGCCCUUUCCCCUCCCUUUCCGGCCCGUCCUGAGGUAAAUUCUGCAAUGUUUCCCUCAGAAUGCCAGAAAGUUAGAUGAAAUAAGCCCUUUCCUUUCCAUUUCUGGCCCGUCCUGAGGUAAAUUCUGCAAUGUUUACCUCAGAAUGCCAGAAAGUUAGAUGAAAUAAGCCCUUUCCCUUCUAUUUCCGGCCCGUCCUGAGGUGAAUUCUGCAAUGUUUCCCUCAGAAUGCCAGAAAGUUAGAUGAAAUAAGCCCUUUCCCUUCCAUUUCUGGCCCGUCCUGAGGUGAUUUCUGCAAUGUUUCCCUCAGAAUGCCAGAAAGUUAGAUGAAAUAAGCCCUUUCCUUUCCAUUUCUGGCCCGUCCUGAGGUGAAUUCUUCAAUGUUUCCCUCAGAAUGCCAGAAAAUUGGAUGAAAUAAGCCCUUUCCCUUCCAUUUCUGGCCUGUCCUGAGGUAAAUUCUGCAAUGUUUCCCUCAGAAUGCCAGAAAAUUAGAUGAAAUAAGCCCUUUCCCUUCCAUUUCCAGCCCAUCCUGAGGUAAAUUCUGCAAUGUUUCCCUCAGAAUGCCAGAAAGUUAGAUGAAAUAAGCCCUUUCCCUUCCAUUUCUGGCCCGUCCUGAGGUGAUUUCUUCAAUGUUUCCCUCAGAAUGCCAGAAAGUUAGAUGAAAUAAGCCCUUUCCCUUCCAUUUCCAGACCGUCCUCACGUGAAUUCUGCAAUGUUUCCCUCAGAAUGCCAGAAAAUUAGAUGAAAUAAGCCCUUUCCCUUCCAUUUCUGGCCCGUCCUGACGUGAAUUCUGCAAUGUUUCCCUCAGAAUGCCAGAAAGUUAGAUGAAAUAAGCCCUUUCCCUUCCAUUUCCAGACCGUCCUCACGUGAAUUCUGCAAUGUUUCCCUCAGAAUGCCAGAAAAUUAGAUGAAAUAAGCCCUUUCCCUUCCAUUUCUGGCCCGUCCUGACGUGCAUUCUGCAAUGUUUCCCUCAGAAUGCCAGAAAGUUAGAUGAAAUAAGCCCUUUCCCUUCCAUUUCCAGACCGUCCUCACGUGAAUUCUGCAAUGUUUCCCUCAGAAUGCCAGAAAAUUAGAUGAAAUAAGCCCUUUCCCUUCCAUUUCUGGCCCGUCCUGAGGUGAAUUCUGCAAUGUUUCCCUCAGAAUGCCAGAAAAUUAGAUGAAAUAAGCCCUUUCCCUUCCAUUUCUGGCCCGUCCUGAGGUAAAUUCUGCAAUGUUUCCCUCAGAAUGCCAGAAAGUUAGAUGAAAUAAGCCCUUUCCCUUCCAUUUCUGGCCCGUCCUGAGGUAAAUUCUGCUAUGUUUCCCUCAGAAUGCCAGAAAAUUAGAUGAAAUAAGCCCUUUCCCUUCCAUUUCUGGCCCGUCCUGAGGUAAAUUCUGCAAUGUUUCCCUCAGAAUGCCAGAAAGUUAGAUGAAAUAAGCCCUUUCCCUUCCAUUUCUGGCCCGUCCUGAGGUAUAUUCUGCAAUGUUUCCCUCAGAAUGCCAGAAAAUUAGAUGAAAUAAGCCCUUUCCCUUCCAUUUCCAGCCCGUCCUGAUGUGAAUUCUGCAAUGUUUCCCUCAGAAUGCCAGAAAAUUAGAUGAAAUAAGCCCUUUCCC